AUGUCAUUCGGAGGAGAAAUAGCUGAUAGUGCAAUAUUCCAGGAUUAUCCGCUUUGGAAGCCUUCUCUGGAGCGGGUAUCGGAAGACGUCAACGAAGUGGAUGCCUGGGAUCAACUGGUGCGUAUUUUGGAGUCGGUGGUUUUUGGAUAUUCCAACGACGGUACAAAACCAAAACCUCCGCCAGAACUCUUGAAGAGUGUUACUCUUGUCUUUGACUCUUUUCUGGGGCGUUUCCCGCUUUUCUUCGCGUUUUGGAAGAACUACGUGGCAGUGUCGUACCAGCUCGAAGGUCUCUCUGCUGCUAUCAAGGUUUUUGACAAGGCACUGAGCCUCGCACCUUAUUCGCUGGAUAUCUGGUCUGACUACCUGUCUGUGAUUGUGGCAAACAAGGCAUUGCCAGUAGAAGCCAUACGGGCGGCCUUCGAAGAGGCCUGUUCCUCGGUAGGAAGACAAUAUCUGUCCCAUCCAGUUUGGGAUGCCUAUCUUGAGUGGGAGGCCUCGGAAUCCGGAGAAAGCUCGUCGGAGUGUCUAGCUAUUAUCCUCAGACUCUUGGAGCUGCCCUUACACCAGUAUGCGAAAUAUUUCACGCGAUUCUACGAGCUCAAGCCGUACUUUGCGAUCACGGACCUAAUUCCGGCAGACAGGCUCGCCACGUUGACAGCGACACCUAUAGAUGCGCUAGAUGUGGAUACGAGUGCGCAGAUCAUUGAUGAUUAUUUUAAUGCACUUUUCGAGUCCACUCAGAAGGGUACCAACGAACGGUGGGCGUAUGAGUCUGCCAUCAAGGAGUUCGACUUUAGCCUCAACGAGGUGCCAGCAGCUGAGCUGGCAGCCUGGGAGGCUUACCUUGACUACGAGGAGCUCAAUGGAAUCACCGAUCAGAUUCGGUGUGUAUACGAGCGUGCGUUAGUGCCGACAGCUUCAUCGGAGGUUAUUUGGAAGCGGUAUCUGCGCUGGCUACUCAAGACUUCAACGGACCAUGAAGAUCUUGAGGCUGUUUUCAAAAGAUGUCACAUUUUCGUUCCAGAGGACAAGCCAGAAGUUCGCUUUAUGUUCGCUCGGUACCACGAGAAAUUAGGUGCCUUGGAUGCAGCAAAGGCUGUCUACCUCUCCUUGCUGGGCAAAGGUGUCGGUGUAGCUAAGUAUCUUGGAUUCUUGGAGAGGACCAAGGAAGAGAAGGUUUUUCGCGACGGUUGUGAUGCUCUCAUCAACUCUCUGUAUCCAGAACAGCCGAAAAAGAAGGCAAAGACCAACUCCAAUGGGGCGCGUCUCGCGAAAGAUGCCGACUUCGUGGAGCUCCAAAACACAUUAACGGAACAAACGAGUGCUAUGGCAGUGGUGUAUGUGGCACGCUACAGAAGAGAGCGUGAGAACUCGCGAGAUUGUCGCAAUUUCUUCACUGCCCACUAUAAGCUGCCUGCUCUUCGCAGUUGUACGGCAUUCUGGACUCUGUUCUUCGAUUUCGAGGCUUCCCAGAGAAAUACAGCCAACAUGUACAACAUUUUGGAAUAUGUGUGCGCUCAGGGUCAAAUCCCAAUUACCACAAUCAAUGAGAUGAUUAGGCGAUAUCUGCAGAUCGUUUCCAGAUGCGUUGGUGUGAGUGUUUUGGCCAGCUCGAGACUGGAUCUCGUCAAGCUGUUACUUGAAACGGACUCUGAGGCGCCCACGCAUGCGCGUCACUUCUUGAAGCAGCGGUUAUCCCAGCAGGGCGAUGAGCCUGUGGAGAAACGGCUGGCCGCUGAAAACGGACACCCAGGAAUUGUUGUUGAGAAGCGGCCAAGAUUAGUCAAUCCGGUGGAUCCCUUGAAUGUUUUUGAGGUUCAAUCUUUGCCCAACUUCAAACAUGCGGAAAAAGCUACGGCACCGAUUGUGUAUCCUGAUGUUGAGAGUGUUUGA